CCGCCGCCGCAGCCCGUCAGGAUGAGCGCCUCGGGAGCCUGAGCCCAGGAGGAGGGAGUAAGGGAGGAGAAGACCCCGGGAAGGAGAAGGGAGCGCCGGCUGUUGCGUCCCGCCUUCUCCCCUCUCUCUCCGGCUCCCUCCCUCCCUCCCUCGGCCGCGCGCCUUUCCUCGCUGCUGGAGCCCAAGCAGCCCAGUUGGAUGUUACCAGCCGGCGCGGGGCCAGGCCAAGAUGCUUCUGGUUUCCCCAAGGGUAGAAGCACCACGCAUGGAGGCGCAUCUGCCGGGGUCCAUUAAGCGGAAGCUGGACGAUGAGAGCUGCCUGGCCUCGGGCGCCAUGCACGACGCCAUCUUCCCGAGCGACCACAAGAGACUCUGCCUGGAGGACGUCACUCUUUCGUGCGCGGACAUGCAGCACUCUCCCUUCUCCGCCAACCACGGCGUGGCGGGGCACGGGAUGCUCCUGGAGAACAACCACAUGAACGGCAGCGGCCUGGGGUCUCCGUUUUCCGUCCCGCCCAACAGCGACGUGGCGCAGAAGGGACCCAUCAGUGGCCAUUACGACGAGAAGGGCAGCGGCCUCCAUUCGGUGGACCAGGAGCUGCAGGACCUGUUGGAAGAGCUGACCAAGAUGCCCGACCCGUCGCCCAACGACUUGGACCUCGAGAAGAUCUUGGGAAGCAAAUCCGAGGAACCUCUGGGCGGCCUGGGCCACCCGCCGCCGGCCAUCAACACCGCGCCCAAGCCCUCUCCGCAGGCCCCGCACGGGGACACCCACAUGCCCAGCAAAGACUUCUCUCCCGGGUGCAAUCCGACCGGUGGUGGGUCGCCCCAGAUGAGGCCUUCUUCAGCCGGAGCCAGCUAUCCUGUCAAAACGGCCGCUUCGCCCAUUUCUUCAAGCGCCCCAAACAAGAGCCAGGCUCAGCCGAUGCUCCCAGUGCCCUUGUCCAACAUGACGGGUCCGAACUGGCACGCGCAGCAACUGAAGCACUUGGCGGCCAGCAAGCAGGUCCCCACCACCAAGCACCAAGGCCCCGGCUGGCCCCCCAUCUCCUCGCAAGGCCUCUCCCCUCCGUACCGGCAAGGGUCGUCCCCGCACCACCCGCCCUUCAGCCCUCAGAACGUCAUGGUGUCCGGGAUGAGCGGCAGCAGCAGCAGCAUCCAAAGCCCCCAGAACUCCUUGCUCUCCAGCAUCACGUCCAGCAGCAAUCCGUCCAGCGGCCCGUCCCCUCCCUUUGGGCCCGAGAAGCUCUCCAGCCCGGCCCUGAACCAGCAGCCCUUCAGCCCCCCCAACCCCAUCCUGCCCAACAUCUCGGCCUCCAGCAUCCCCAACAAAAGCCCCCAGAGCAGCGGGCCUUCCCCGCCCUACCGCCCGGAGAAGCUCUCCAGCCCCGCUCUGCACCAGCCGCCCUUCAGCCCCCAAAGCGCCCUCAUGCCCACCAGCAACCCCCCCAGCCUGCCCAGCUCCCUCUUCAAGGCCCAGUCCAAGGGCAUGGGCAUGAUCCUGCAGCCGUCCCCCAACGGCAUGCAGCCCGGGCUGGGGGGCGAGGGGCCCGUCGCGCAGGACCAGUUCUCCUUCAACAACACCAAGCCCCUCUCCCACUUCAGUUCGGACCCCGCAGCGCCCCAGAAGAUGUCCCCCAUGGCCGCAAACUCCGGGCAGCAGUCGCUCAUUCACUAUCUCCAGCAGCAGCAGCAGCAGCAGCAGCAAGCGGCCACUUCGCAGCAAGCCCAGCAGGUUAACAACAGCCAGUUCAUUCAGCAGCAGUUGCGGCAACUCAUGCAGCCCUCUCGCAUGCAGCGGCAAGGGCAGCCGGCCCCGUUGCCGUCGCCCACCCGGCAGGACCAAACGCCUGGGAUUGUGACUCGGCUUCAGGAGCCCGGAGCCGUUCCAAACGCAGGGGCAGCGGCAGCACCGCCCACGACCAUGGUGAACGGCUACACCAUGCGGAACCACCUGCUGAAGCAGCAGAUCAUCAGGCGGCAGCAGCAGCAGCAGCAGCUACAGGAAAAGCAGAGGCACGGCAUGAUCGGAGUGACCUCCGAGCAGAGGGGCCCAUUUGCGCGCCAGCAGAUCAAUCAAUUUCCCGCGGGGUCCCAGCCCAUGCCGACCGAGUGCAGCCCCUCCUUGCAGGCGCCUUCGCCCGGCCAUCGCAUGCUGCCUCCCGCGCAGCAGGGCCUCCUGCAGAACGCCUUGGGGCCCGGCAUCUCCUCGGCUGCGGUGAACCAGAGCGGAGGGCCGAUGGUGAUGAUGCCCCACAACCCCGGCAAGCAGCCCUCGAUGUUCCCCUCCAAUUCCGAUUUCGGCCUCCCGCUCCGGCCGAGCCAAAACUCCCUCGGCAUGAGUUCGGGGUGCCAAACGGUCCACAGCCACCCGGCGGCGCGGCCGGGGAUGCCGUUGUCCGGCUUUGGUGCCGAUUCCUUGGCGGGCCACCCUUCCGCCCAGCAGCACUUGCGGCAGCCGGCGAUGCCGAGGAUCCCCAGCGUGUACCCCAGCUCCUCUGCUCAGAUGUGGACCCCGACGGGAGUCCCUCGCAUGCCCAACCAGAGCCAGAUGGAGGCCAACAUGCAGCAGUUCUCCGGCAACCCUCUCUUCGCAAAGCAGAACCUGGCGAGGACCGGCAUCCCCGGCCAGCCGUUUCCCCACCCGCUGGUGGUGCCGCCCAACCAGAUCGCUCCGGGCGUCCAAGCCAGGCAGAUACAGAAGGUCAACCUGGGGCAGCCCGGCCAAAACUUGGGUCCUCUCAACAACCAGAACCUGAGGCACAGUUUGACCCGCGGGCCUUUGCCGGCGGCCAUGAAUGCCAUGAAGCCCAUGCCACAGGGCGUGGUGUCCGGCUUCAGCCCGCUCAACCCCGCUCAGGCGGUGGGCCUGCCCUCCUACCCCGGCUCGGCCGGCCAGUCAACGGGAGCGUUCGGCAGGAUGAGUGCCGCCACCGCCGCUGAGCUGCCUCCGCAAUACGACUUCAUCACCCAGCAAAACCAUUCCGUUUUGCCCGGAAACUGCAGCGAGGCCGACUUUAUUGACUCUCUCAUGAAGAACAGCGGCAGCGGCAGCACUGACGAAGACUGGCUUAAUAAUUUGACAAUGAUCGAUGACAUUUUGGGGCAGCACAUCCAAAGCUCCGGACACGUGUAAUUCUUGAGGGAAGCAGGCGGAUAUGUAAAUAGUUGCUCCACAAAAUGGAAAAAAAAAUCACACACACACAGAAAAUCCUCCCCUUCUUUCAGUGUCAAACGAACGAACGUGCCCAACUAAUUCUCCUCCCUGUUUUUCAAAAGGCUGUGUAUAUAUUUGAAUAUUUUGUAAAUUAUGUUUUCCUAAACAUUAAAUAUGGAAGUAUUGAUACUUCUUUGCUGGACUCUUUGUAAAUAACCUCUAGACUCCUCCAAGUCUGGUUUUCUUAUGUUAUAGGAACUGAUUUACACUUUGUUCUAAAUAUGCAAAUAUUAUUGCUAGUUUCAGUAAUACUGUGUAUUACAGCACCCGAUAUUUUAUGUUUUUGACAUAACAGGUGAAUUAGGGGUGUCCCGGCAAACGGAGUAAACAGGAAGCAAGGCUCGCCGUCCUCCCUUCCUCCUCCCACCAGAGCGUUAGCGUGGUGGGUACGUGGUGGAAUUAAAAACCCAAUGUGACUUGAAUGGAUGGAGGGUUCACCACCAGGCUCAGAAAUUCACCCAGGAAAAGGGUUUGGAGAAAGCAAGUGUCGCUGCCGACUACCCUUUUCAACGGGGUUUGCCAAAGGCUGCCUUUAGACCCUUCUUUUGUCAUAACAAUGGGCAUCUGCACUGUACGGUGAACGCAGUUUGAUGCCACUUUCAUUGCCGUGGCUCAGUGCUGUGGGAUCAUGAGAAGCGCCGUUUGGUGAAGCAAAGUUUUGGCGAAAUCUGCUUGUUCGAGUUCAUUUGAGCGCAACUGAGAGAAGAGACAGACAGACAGCAGAUUUGGAUCCCAGCCUUGUUUAAACUACAGUAGAGUCUCUCUUAUCCAACCUUCGGUCAUUCAACGUUCUGUAUUAUCCAACACAGUCUGCCUCCUGCCCGGAUCCACAGUGGUUUCUCUAGGUAGCAACGUGCAGCAGGCCGAGACGCCCAACAAUAACACAAGUGGAGCCACGCUCCCAAACAAGUGGCAGGCUUGUUGUAAACUAUAAGACAGUUUUUCAUAUAUACGCUAUAGUCAUGGAACAUUUAAUGUGUAGACAAGGAUUGUAGAGGUUCAGAUUAUACUAAAUGAUUCCAAAUACACGUCUCUAAACCAAACUUGGACAUAUAUGUUUGAAUGUACAGACUUCUAUGUGGAACAUGAACUUUGUAUGUCAUUGGACUCACAAACCUUGAGUAUAAGAGCUAUGCUUUCUAUGUACAUGUGUAUUUGUAACACAUUGAUUAUAUUGUUUUGGAUUCUGCUUUAGGAAUUCUCGCCUUUCCUAUAUAAGCAUGAUUUUGGUUUAGAGACGUGUAUUUGGAAUCAUUUAGUAUAAUUUGAACCUCUACAAUCCUUGUCUACACAUUAAAUGUUCCAUGACUAUAGCAUAUAGAUGAAAAACUGUCCUAUAGUUUAUAUUAGAAUCAUAGAAUCAUAUUAUUGGAUUAUAUUUCUGUUUGUAGUGGCCUCUUGCCUUUGUACUUUGGGGAAUCCCUUCUCUGUAAGGCUUGUAAAACAGGAUGUUUUGCUGCUUAAUUUGUAAAAUCACAACGUAAUUUGAUGUUUAAUAGACUUUUCCUUAAUCCCUCCUUAUUAUCCAACAUUUUUGCUUAUCCAACCUUCUGCUGGCCCGUUUAUGUUUGAUACGCGAGACUCUAUCAUAUUUGCAAAACAGCGGAGACGGUCUCCGCUAAUGCUGAAAGGGAACUGCACUAAGUCCGGCGUCAAUAAAAGAAGGCGAAAAGACUGGGUUGCUGUGAGUUUUCCGGGCUGCAUGGCCAUGUUCCAGAAUCAGACAGACCUUGAAGCUGAAAGGCUAUUCAGUGCUAAUCAAGGUGGCCAACUGCACCAUUCACACUUGCCUCCAAUAGACAAGAGUUCUUUCUUUCUCCCAACCUGGACUUUCCACAGAUAUAGAAACCCCACUUGCCUAGUUUCUAACAAACCUCACAACCUCUGAAGAUGCCUGCCAUAGAUGUGGGCAAAACGUCAGGAGAGAAUGCUUCUGGAACAUGGCUAGACAACCCGGAAAAUUCACCGCAACCCAGUGAUUCUGGCCAUGAAAGCCUUCGACAACACAAGGCUACAGAGCUUACGAAACGAUGCCUCCCGGGAUUCCACAACAUCGAGCAGCUCAAGUGGUAUCAAACUGCAUUAAUUCUAAAGUAUAGAUGCAGCAAGAGCCCCGAAAUUGGCCCAUGCCCAGUCUAUGGAAUAACAAACAUGUUACUAAGAGAAUAUGGGACCAUGUCCGGUUUUCUUAUGCAACUUCUCUGCACCGGAAAAGCAUGCAUGUGCGCAAAAGAUGGGUCUUGUUUUCAACCAAGCUUCCUGGUUUGCCCACCUCGGCCAUGUAUAUUUGUAUGUACAGGUGUAAACGCUCCUGGUUCCAAACCGUUUGGAGUACUCUCUGUUUUUAAUGGGAGGCUCUCUCUCUCUUUCCCUAUAAACCGCGACUAUCUUAAACUUUGAUGUUUUUAUUUCCUGUCCUCUGUAUAUUUAAGAGUCUGUUUAUAAAAGAAACCCAUUGUACCGUCAACUACUACAAUGUUCAUACUUUGUGUAAUCCUCUUUUAAUAGCCAUGUCACCUUCCAUUUGUAAGAUAACACCCGCCACCCAAGCACAUCCAAAUGUUUCCUCCUUCAUGCCAUAAUAAAACUGCCAGGGAAAAAUUGCA